CGCAUUUGUAUUACUGCAUAGGCGUAAAAGAAGAAGUUUUAAAUGAAGCAUAAGUUUACAACUGAAUAUGCUCAGUUGAAAAAAAGUGGUUUAAAAGUGAAACGAAAAAAUUGAAUCAAAAUAAAAUAUUUUAUAUCUAUUAAGUAUACAAUCAUUAAGAAAAAUAGCAAAGAAUUUUAUUGCGUUACGCCAUGUUCAUCGAUGUAAGAAAAGUACACCAGAUGUAUUGUAGAGUUCGUGCAAGAUGUCUAUGUUAAAAAUUUCUUAUGCGCAUCGAAACAAUGCUCACAUGUUUAAUCAAAGUAGCACGACAUUUAUUUUAACGUAUAAACCUCAACGCGACAAGUAAUUUGCAUAGAUAAAUGUAAAACGAUAUGUAUGAAUGUUACACAUGGUUCUUUUUAAAUACCAUUUUUUGGAUCAUAUAAAAAAACCCUAAAGAAGCAUUCAUAUUUUUAAUUACUUUUCUGGAAAAUAACGAUCUAUUGUCAAUUAAUUUGGCAAAUAUGUAUACAUUCAAACCAUUUGUGUUCAUGAAACAUGAAGCACAGAGUGUAGAACGUCCAAAAGCUAGAAGUGGACAUAGAAUAGUGUGUGAUCAUAAGAAUUUAUAUUCCUAUGGUGGUUUUAAUCCUUGUAUCUCUGAUACUGAUCCUGAUAUGCAAAAUGAUCAAACAUGGAUCUCUAGUAAACCACUUUUUAAGGAAGUUUGGAAAUUCAACCUUGUUACACAACAAUGGAAACGGUUACCAGGUCAAGAUAAUAUGCCCAAUGAAUUGGCAUCUAAUGCAGUGAUUUUAAGGGGUAAUGCCCUAAUGGUUUAUGGUGGAACUGGUGUACCAUUUGGACAUAGUUGUAGUAAUCAUCUUUAUGUGUGCAAUGUUAAUGAUGGUAAAAUGUACAUAGUUCCUGCAAAAGGAGAACUACCUGAACCCCAAUAUGGACAAGCUUUAGUAUGUCAUGGGUCAUAUUUAUAUACUGUUGGUGGUACUACAGGAUACGAAUAUACUUGUGAUAUUCAUAGAUUUGAUCUUAGGACUGGUGUUUGGGAAACUGUUUAUAUAUGUUCUGGAAGAGAUCAAAGUGAACCUACAGGACGAUAUAGGCAUGAAUUAGCUUUUGAUGGAAAACUUAUAUAUGUUUUGGGAGGAGGAACAGCUACAGAAGCAUUUGGUUUCUCAGAGAUUCCUGCUUUUGACUUAGAAACGAAUAAAUGGAUAAUAUUAAAUACAUAUGGUGAUAAUGAUGAUAAUACAGUGCCAGAGCCUAGACGCUGUCAUGGAUCUGUACAAUAUACAGAUGAAAAAUCAGGUAUCACAUCAGUUGUAAUCUCUGGAGGAUAUAAUGGAGAUCAUGUUUUUUCUGAUGUUUGGAGACUAGAUUUAAAAUUACUGCAAUGGACAUGUUUAAGAAAAUGUAUACUUCCAUGUCCUGUAUAUUUUCAUUCUGCAGCUCUUACUCCAGAAGGACGCAUGUAUACAUUUGGUGGUAUUAUUAAAGAAAAUAAUAAGGUUGUAAGAACAGAUGCAGUUCAUUCUGUUUGGUUAACAAUUCCUAAAUUAUCAGAAAUAUGUUGGCAAGCAUUGAUUUAUUAUUAUCCAGAUUUAAGGCAUAAGUCUCAAGAUCAAUUACUUCAUAUGGGUAUACCUUUAAAAUUUGUGCAAAGAAUUGAUUGGUAUGAUGCAUAAUAUUUAAGAAAUUCUCCCGAUAUUUGCUACAUAUUCAAAGCGUUACCACUCCGACCAUUGUUACCAGUUACUUAUUGCAUGAAUAUUGUAAUUGUUGAAUAUUAUUGCCAUAAUUUACUUACAAUAUUUUUAUAAAAAUGA